AUGCAAAGUAUUUUGAAUGCUCUUCGUUCUACAAAGCAAGCACGUCAUUGGUUUGAAAACCAACAGACAAAAGAACUUUUAGAAGAAUUUCCUCAUAUGUUUGCGACCGGUAGAAAACAGCCGGUCGAGAUUCCGUACGAAAAUCGUGAAAAAUUGCCAAACGGUUUGAGAGGAUAUUAUGUACAUAGACUUCUUGUAAAUGCUGUUGCAAUGUGGGCUUCACCUCGCUAUGCUUGUUAUAUUUUCAUGAUGUUAGAUGAAAUUCAUAGACAAGAACGUGAAGAGCUAGAGAACAAGCUUGAAGCAAAAGACAAAAACAUACAGAAAAGAAUACCACGUUCGGUACCAAAAGGAAAGGAAAAGAACUAUAAGUAUAUGAUUUAUACUGAAGAGAUGGAAAAUGAAGAAGACAGAGAUAUGGUUAUGUUGCAUUUAGUCAGAAGAAACAACAAAAGCUUUUACGACCUUGCUAAGAUUUACAAAUCUGACAGAAAUUGGUUCUAUCGUGAAAACUUACCGAUUUCAAUGACACCGAAUGAAGAUGUGAAACAAAUAGUUCAAGAUACUUUACCUCAAACACA